CUCUUCAAUCCCACCUACUUUUGUCUCCUUCUUCAGAUAAAUUGUCAUCAUUUUUCUCUCUCUUUACAUCACCCAAGUCUUCAUAUUAUUUAAUUAGUAUUUACCGUGAAAACCUGAAACCCGAUUGUAGCAUUGAUGGUGAGAUAUUCACACCUUGAUUUGCAGCAAUCAUGUUAACUGUGGCAAUUUAUUUAAAAUUUGCUUUCUUUCUUUCACUAAUAUUAUUAACCCAAUCUCGUCCUCCUUGGUCAAAAUUGAAUCAAAAAUGUGGCUACGAAUUUUGCCCUCACCUCGAACCCGACAUGAUAAAUGUUCAUCUGGUUUCCCAUACGCACAAUGAUGUCGGUUGGUUGAAAACUUAUGAGCAAUAUUAUUGGGGAAUGAAAACUGAUACUCAAAGAGCCGGAGUUCAAUAUAUCCUCAACUCUGUGAUUCCUGAACUCGCCAAAGAUCCCAAAAAACGAUUUAUUUACGUUGAAUCGGCAUUCUUUUGGCGCUGGUGGACUCACCAAGACGAGGAAAUGCAAAACCUAGUCAAACAACUGGUUAACCAAGGUCGAUUGGAGUUCAUUGGUGGUGGUUGGAGCAUGAAUGAUGAAGCAGCUACUCAUUACAGUCCAAUCGUUGAUCAAAUGAGUUAUGGACAUCGAUUUUUGGCUUCAACUUUCGGUAAAUGUGGUAUUCCCCGAGUGGCUUGGCAAAUUGAUCCAUUUGGACAUUCAAGAGAACAGGCCUCUCUAUUUGCUCAAAUGUAUUUUGAUGGUCUAUUUUUUGGUCGUCUCGAUAUGUAUGAUAAAAAACAAAGAGAAUCAGAUAAAACUAUGGAAAUGGUUUGGUCAGGAUCAGAUGAUCUCGGUGAAAAGUCUCACCUUUUCACUGGAGUCCUUCCAAACGGCUACAAUCCUCCUGAUGGAUUUUGUUUCGAUGAUACUUGUUCCGAUGAACCAAUCGUAGAUGAUCCAGCAUCAAGAGAAUACAAUGUUCCUCGUAAAGUUGCCGAUUUUAUUGAAGUAAUCCGAAACCAAGCAGCUCAUUACGCCACCAACAACAUAAUCCUAACAAUGGGAAGCGACUUCCAGUAUCAAAACGCUCCUAUCUGGUUCAACAAUUUGGAUAAAUUAAUUGCUGCCAUGGAAGCUGAGAAAAAGAAUGGAUUAAAGAUAAAUGUCUUCUACUCAACUCCAUCAUGUUAUCUCUACAGUCUAUACCAAGCUAACAGAACCUGGACAUUGAAGACGGAUGACUUUUUCCCUUAUGGCUCUACUGACCAUUCAUUUUGGGGUGGCUUUUACACCAGUCGACCAGCUAUCAAACGCUAUGAAAGAGUUUCAAAUAAUGUAUUUCAAGCAAUCAAGCAACUUCAUGCUGCAUCUAAUUUAACUGAUGAAAAAACAUUUGAUGCUGUGGACAAUUUUCAUAGAGCAAUGGGAAUCCUUCAACAUCAUGACGCCGUCACAGGAACUGAAAAACAAUUGGUUGCCUUUGAUUAUGCUUACAUCCUCAAUGAUGCCAUUGAAAAAUCUAUGGAUUUAAUGAAUCGAGCAUUACAAUUUAUCUCGUCUAAAGACAAGUCAAGCCAAUCCAAUAGCGACCCACAAUACACACUAUGUCUUGGACUAAACAUUAGCCAAUGCGAAGUAGUCGAGUCAAAUGAUAAAGUAUUGGUUACACUUUACAAUCCAUAUGCACAUGAAUAUGAUUUUAAAGUUAGGAUUCCAUGGCAAGAAUCAAAUUAUAAAGUUACCGGACCAAAUGGUGAAUCUUUAAAUGCGACAAUUAUUCCAAUUCCUGGAUUUAUGCAAGAUUUUCCUGAAAGAAAAAGCUCAGCAACUCAUGAAUUACUUUUUAAAGCCACGUUACCUGCACUCGGAUUUGCUUCAUAUUUUGUUGAAAAAGUGUCAUCAAAUAAGCCAACUCCUAAACUCGAGACAAUCUUGCCUUUAACAACAUCAGAAGCACCAAUAACAGCCCAAGGAAAAGGUUUCUCGGCCUCUUUUGAUCCAUCGACUGGAUCAAUCCAAUCUGUUUCACUAGCAAAUGGUAAAGUAGUCAAGCUGCGCCAAAAAUACCAAUGGUAUGCUGGAUAUGAUACACCUAAGGAACCUCCAUCAGGAGCUUAUCUUUUCCGUCCAAAAGGACCAGCUUCAGGAUUUCCCGAUCAGCCAACAUAUCAAAUCUUCAAUUCACCUGAUUGUUUUGAGGUUCAUCAAAACAUUUCCGAUUACGUUUCUCAAACUAUGCGAAUCUAUCCUGAUGAUCCAUUCAUUGAGUUUGACUUCAAAGUCGGACCAAUACCUGUUGCUGAUAAAGUGGGUAAAGAAAUAAUUAGUCUGUUCCAAACUGAUUUAAAGACAAACAAAGUGUUUUACACUGACUCUAAUGGACGUCAAAUGAUGAAGCGAGUCAAGGAUUUCAGGCCAACAUGGAAGUAUAAAGUUAUUGAACCUAUUGCUGGCAAUUACUAUCCAAUUAACAGUCGAAUCAGUUUGAAAGAUGAAGAUGAAGAUCUGCAACUUGUUGUAUUGACUGAUCGUAGUCAAGGUGGUGCCAGUUUGAAUGAUGGUGAACUUGAAAUAAUGCUUCAUCGUCGACUACUUCAUGAUGAUAGCUUAGGUGUUGAUGAGGCUCUCAAUGAACCUGGUGUUGAUGGUAGAGGCUUGAUUAUCAGAGGUAAACAUUAUGUUUUAAUAUCGGAUAUUAAAUCAUCAAAUAUACUUCAUCGAGAAAAAGGAAUGCAACUCUACAUGGCUCCAGUGGUGGCUUUUGCUCCUAUCAGUUCAUUUGAUGAUUAUCGAGCCAAUCAUAAAACAAUUUACUCAUUUUUGCAACGAGCUCUACCGCCUAAUGUACAUUUACUAACAUUGGAGCAUCUUAAUCUUAAUAAUUGGUUGGUUCGAUUAGAGCAUUUCUAUCAAUCAAAUGAAGAUCCAGAUGGACUUUCAAAAUCAGUUAGAAUUGAUUUCCGUGGUUUAUUCAAUACUAAAUCAGUUCAUGGUGUUAAGGAGACAAUUAUAACUGCAACUCAAUAUCAUUCUGAGGCAAGAAGAUUAACCUGGAAAACAAAGGAUAGCCAAUCGACUCGUGAAAUUGAGACUGAAAUCGGCAAUGAAGUUCAUGAUUUUGUUGUGACACUUAAGCCAAUGCAAAUCCGAACUUUCUUGUUGAGAUUAGAUGAUUGAUUAAACUCAAUCAAACUUUGAUUAUUAUGACAAUUAUGACAAUCAACAUAUAAAAUAAACUUAAAUUUUUUCUUAAACUUAA